AUGGCUUCUCUGGACACAAGUUUGACUCUAAACGGACACAACAACAAUAAUAAUAAUAAUAACAAUAAUAACAACAAUAAUAACAUCAAUAAUAAAUAUAUUAACAAUAAUAACGUUAUAUAUAAUUCUAUGAAGUUUCAGCCAAAUAAGCGUAACCAAAGCAACACUUCUGCUACUACUACUACUACUACUGCUACUACUACUACUACUAAUAAUAAUAAUAAUAAUUGUAACGGUUGUUAUGAUAAUGAUGACGGUGGAGAUGGUGGUAACGAUUAUGAUGAUGGUGAUGAUGAUGAUGGCAGUUCAAGUUUAUCUCAAUGGUUAUGCGCUCUUGGGUUACAAAGAUAUGAAAAUUUACUUGCUUCCAAUGGAUUCGAUAUGCUGAAGUUUCUGGUGUUCCACAUAACCAGACUUGGCUAUGUAAACAGAAUCAUGUACUAUAUAAACCUAUUGAGAAAUAACCCGCAAUUGUUGAAUGCUUACAACGACAAGUACAACGUGAACGGCUCCAACAACGAAAUCAUUUUCAGCAAUUUCAAUUCAACCAACAGCAACAACAACAACAUCAACAACAACAACAAUAUCAAUAUCAUUAAUAUCAAUAACAAAGUCGUAGUAUCUGCAAAUGAGUUGCUAGGCAGCCACGACAUCAGCCACAUAUACUGCGUGUGCCAGGACAGCGGCGACUUGCAGUACUUCAGCUACGUCACGUACGACAACAUUGAGGGCAACCAUUUCUGCCACGUUUUCGAUGCGCAGACGACGGAGAACUCGACAGAAAUCGUCCUAACCCUCGGGAAAGUUUUCGAGAGAGCGUUCAACAGAACAAGAAAAAGUUCUAGACUGGAGGCCAAUGAUAAGCAGCUGCUGAUGCUACAGCAGCUGCGACAGCAGCUGCAUCAACAUCAACAACAGCAGCUGCAGCUACCACAUCAAAAGCAGCCGCCACAACGACUACUUCAUCAACCACAAAUACACCAGCAACAACAUCAGAUAGUUGUAGAACAACCACACCCUCAACGGCAGCAUUCUGCUACUAGCGAUUUAACCAAUCAAAGAACUCUUAUAGUUUAG